AUAGUAUGGCAAAAGGACUCCUUGAUAUGGUUAUCUCAAAAGUAUUUUGGUCCUGAUCAGUAUUUCAGUGUGGCAGUAUUUAGUGUCGGACAGCUUUUGCAGAGUUGCCAGGGACACAGUGAAUUAUUCAUAGUUGUUUGUAUUGGUAUCAGGCAGGUAGAUAGCCUGAGCUCACGAGAAGCUGUAUUGUCUUUAUAUAUGCUUGGGGGAAAGGCUCUCCUUCAGCUGCUGGAUCCUGCAUUAGUAGGUUUAUUUUUGCUGUUUAAACCCUGGUGCACCUAAAUGGCAGAAUCCCUCUGAUAUCUCAAACCAUCAAAAUCAAAGGGGUUGAGAAGGAGCCAUCCCACAUACAGUAAUAUCUUCUAUAUAUUCUAAUGUUUUUUUGUGAUUUUUUUUUUGUCUUAGUCGCUCCCUUGAUUUUAACAAACCCUGUUUGUUGUUGUAAAACUGGAUCCCUGGUAGAUUUUUUUUCAUUCUGGUCAUAAAGAAAUAUCCUUUUGUUGUUGUUGUUAACUGUACAGAUAGAAACAACCAACUGGAAAUUGAAAUGUGUAACUUUGGUUAGUUGAUAAGAGGACAUCACCAUCAAGUUUUUAUUUAAGCUACGGUAGCUUUGUCUAGUGAUUAAGGCACCAGCCUAGAAAGCAGGAGAUCAUGAGUUCAAGUCCUGUCUUAGCUGUGAAAGCCAGCUGGGUGACUUAGGGCCAGUCGUUCUCUCUUAGCCCAACCCGCCUCACAGGGUCGUCGUUGUGGGAAAAAUAGGAGAAGGAAGGUACAUUGGAUACGUUUGCUGCCUUGAAUUACUUGUAAAAAUAAUAAAGGCAAUUAUGGAAUAUUUCCUUGCCCUCAAUUAAUAGAUGUAUUCUUUUUAAGCUCUCCUUGCUGAAUGUGUAUUGCAUUAAUUUAAUAUGAGAUCCUUCUUAAUGUUUUUUUUUCCAGUUGACUGAAAUACUUGAUUAAGACCAAAUAGAUUAUCAGAGGAACAGUAAAGAAUUGGAUCCAUUUAGAACCCCGGCUGGUGUCAUCAUUGGCUAAACUGCUUGCAGUCCCUAAAAUUCUAUUGGGAGGAGGACCACAGACAGAACUAUUUUGAUUAUUCUGUACAUAGAGUCGUGGCCUUGAAUUGAUUCCCCUAAAUACCUUUGAUCUACGCAUGUGUAAAUUGUUUUAUCCCGUUUCCAAAAAUGUCUUUAUUUUUAAUGUAGCAGCACGAUUGGACAAUGAGCCCCUUGAGGGAGCAGCACUGAUUGAAUGGAAGAUUCCUGCCGUCCAUUGCUGAGGGGCAUCUGAGUGGGGGGCUUUUGGUUUCUGCACACCAGGCAUCCUAGCUGGAAGAAGAUGUUUGCCAAGCUGAAAAAGAAGAUUGCUGAUGAGGCUGCUACUGCCCCACGGCCCGGAGGGCUUGCCAGGAUGCCCAGAUCGAUCAGCAAAGAAUCCGUCACGUCAGCAGGGGCAGAUUCAGGGGACGAUUUUCCAUCUGAUGGAAGCAGCUCCAGAGAAGACCUCUCGUCGCAGCUGUUCCGAAGAAAUGAACAUAUACGGAAGCUAGAAGUCAAGCUAUCCGAUUACGCCGAACAGGUCCGAAACCUUCAGAAAAUCAAGGAGAAGCUUGAAAAUGCGUUAGAGACACACCAGGAUUCCUUUGUGAAGAAGCUCCAGGAGCAGAACGAAAUGCACCAGGCCAGCGUAGCCAAGAUGGCGGAAGGGAUGAGCUUGGCACUGGAGAAGAAAGACCAGGAGUGGCGGGAAAAGCUGUCUCAUCUGGAAAAGGAGCGGAAACUUCUUUCAGCCCAGUUGCAAGAAAUGAGAGAGCAGAGUUUGAAUUUAUUCCAGAAGAGGGAUGAAAUUGACGAGCUGGAAGGCUUCCAACAGCAGGAGCUUGCAAAAAUCAAGCACAUGCUUCUGAAAAAGGAGGAGUCCUUGGCCCGGAUGGAGGGAGAGAUGAGGUCUUCCACCCAAGAGUUGCUGCAAACACGAGAUGAGCUGCAGGCCUCUCGGGAUUUGUCCACACGCCUGACCACGGAGGUUCAGGGGCUCCAACAACAGCAGAAGGACCUUAUGAUGGAAAGGGAUGAGCUCCAAAAUGCCAGGGCGAGUGCGGAAAACAAGAUUACCAGCUUGGAAGAACGGAGCCAAGACUUGCAGUCCUAUGUCCAGCGCGUGUCAGUAGAUCUGCAGAAGGCUCAGCUGGCUGCCUCCAGUGCGGAAAAGAGCCUGCAUCUGCUGCAAGGAGAACACAAAUCUCUGAAGCUGGAAUUUCAAGAGCAAAGGCAAAAGAUGGCUGUCCAGGUGGAGGAGAAGAGCCAGCUGGUGGGUCAGCUGCAAGAGAAAGUGGCCACCUUGGAGAAGCAACUGGAAGGAAGCCUCUCCGGGGACGAACACUUUCAGCAGCUGUUCAGAGAGAAAAGUGCUCUAGAGCAGAGCCUAGAAGACACUCGACAAGAGCUCCUGACAGCCCAAACCGGUCACAAGGAGAGCCUAAACCUCCUGGAAACUCAGAUCGACCAGCUGAAUGGCAGGCUGGCCACGGAAGAGGCGGGCCUGAGAGCCAAAGAGGAAUCCCUCCGCAGUCUCCAGGCGAGCGCGUCCCGGCAGCAGCAGGAUUGGGAGCAAGCCCUUCAGCUCGCCAAGGAGGCCCUGGCCAAGAGCCAAGAUGAGCUCAGGGAGAAAGAAUCGCAGCUCCAAAAGCUGCAAGUGGAUCUGGAGUCGGAGCGGGCCAAAUCCCGGGAAGAUCUCUCUUCCAUGCAGUCUCAGUGGACGGACCAAGUGAAGCAGCUAGAAAAGCAGGUUUCUGCCCUUGAAUCUGCCCAGACACUGGAAAGGGAGGCUGCCCAGCGAGAGUCUGGUCGGCUGGAGAAAGAAAACGCCAAACUUAAAGACAUAUGUGGAGAUCUAGAAAACUCCUUAAGGCAACAAGUGUCUGAAUUGGAAAGAGUCAAGGCGCAACUGAGCAGCCACACGGAGGUCAUCCAAACUUUGGAAGAGACUUGGAAACAGAGCGAGUCGCUGCAAGAGCAGGUGGCAGAUCUGACCUUGUCCUUGCAGGAGAAGGAGCAACAGAUGGCCGCCAAAACAGACAGCCUCCUGAAAAGGGAGGAAGAGGCAAAAUCCUUAAGGCAAGGUCAUGACCUGCUUUUGCUGCAGAUGCACCAGUUGCAGUCCAGCCUGGAUUCAUGCAAGGGCCAGGCUGCGGAGAGGGAAGCAGCACUGCAAGAACAGCUGCGAGUCCUCCAGAUGCAGCUGCAGGAACAGCAAGAACGCCUCUUAGCCAGCGAGAAGCAAGGCCAGGCUGCUGUGUUGGAACUCGCAUCCAUGGCUUUGGAAGACCACUUGCACCUUUCUGAAGAUGGAGAGGCAGAGCCCAACGGAGAACUGGUUUCCUCAGAUGCCGUCCGACUCCAGAAGGAGAACCGAGAUCUCGAACAGCAGAUAGUGGAAAAAAACAAGAUGAUCAAACAGCUUCAGCAGAGAAUGGCAGAGCUUAAAAAGACCUUGCAGAAAGAACUUAAAAUUCGACCUGAUGGUGAAGUCCCCGAAGCGCCCACGGCUGGUUUGACUGUAACAAACAACUGCGAUCUGAGCGAUUCCCGAGAGGUCAACUUCGAGUAUUUGAAGCAUGUGGUGCUAAAAUUCAUGUCCUGCCGGGAAUCGGAGGCACUCCAUUUGAUCAAGGCUUUGUCUGUGUUGCUCAGCUUCUCCCCGGAGGAAGAAAACAUGGUCAAGGAAACCUUGGAGUAUAAGAUGUCUUGGUUCGGCUCCAAGCCACUUCCCAGAGGGACCGUCCGGCCGUCCAUCUCCAACCCAGGGACAAUGUGGUCCUGAAGCUCUUCCGGGAUGUCCUGCUCCCUUCCCGCUGGUUGAUGGGUUGUGUGGGUUGCUUUUUAUUUUUUUUUCUUCCCCCCUUAUGAAAAAAUGCACCUUGACAACAGCCGUGUCGAUGGCGGUGACCCCAGGGGGGGGGAACAGGUUUACAAAGCUGACCCGUAAAAGGUUUUUUUUUGCGAUGCACAGCAGGGAUCUAUGAAGUCGUUCCCUCGUUUCCGCUGGUGUGUAACCCUCGGCAGGACGAGAAGCCAUUUUGCCUUCUCGGAUACACGCCAAGCCCACCGCUUGUUAACACUACAUCACCAAGGAUUGCUAACUGGCUCAGGGGAGGCUGCAGGCAGUUUGGGGGAACUAGCUCUAGAUAGCCUUCCACAGAGUGAUCCAGCUUUUAUUUUUAUUUAUUUUUUCUUAAAAACGGUUUUAAACAGGCCUUCGUGGCACUCUAGCUUUUUUUAAAAAACAGAUGUAAGGAGGCAAGGGGAAGCAUUUUAGCCACCUAAUUUGCAAAACCGGAAACCGUAGAUUGGGUGGGGCGCUAAAAAUCACAAAACCCCUUUGACAGGUGGGCGUGUGGCUGGGUAGGGAGUGGUUAGACAGGCUGAUUGCAGCCGCUCUCCUCCUGAGCCGAAAGCAAGCGUGGACAUUUAAACCUGUAUAGCUUUUUUUUUUAAAACAACAACAAAUGGGUACAUUCACAUCCUGGGACACCCCAGGCUUGUUUGAACUCAAGAGCAGUGUUUUUUCCCCCCCCUAAAUCCGACUGAAGCCAGGCCUUUAGCUAAGAAAACUGCAAAUUUUAAUUUUUUUUUUUACUAUUUAGAGACUGGUGCAGCAGGACCCUCUUUGGGAAAUCCCCCCCCCCACUAAUUGCAGUUCCACACCACUUAUUUCCUGCGCUUUGGUGAGCAGCAGUAUUUUUUUACCAGCUCGGCCGUCUUUCGAUUCGGAAUGAAAUGGGGGAACCCUCCAAAAGAAGCUCGCAAGAGCCUUUUCUUUCCCAUCGUAAGCUGGCAGUGCGAGACUCGAGAAUCGUAGCAACUAAUGCACUUUUUCUGGCCAUGUGUCUAUAUAAGAAAGCCUGGGUGGGCCACUCAUUCUGUGUACAUAAUGAACUCUUUGGCGAUGGAUGUGGAUGGCUUGAGUGAGACCUAAUUUGCGGUGCAAUACAUUAUUAUUUCUUUUUUGGAAUUAA